AUGUGGUUCGCAGAGCAGGACAUUUUCCGAGAGAGGUAUACCGUUUUACUGGAUUCUUCGAAUCCAUACAUCUGCGGCCCGGUGGAUCUAAUCAAACGUUUGCAUGCCAUAUUGGGAUGCACAGAAGAUGAAACCGAAGACUGUCGGUUUGACUGCGCGGACGAUCCACGAUUCCCAACGCUGUCAAUAAGCUUUCCUGGAUUUCAAACAACCAUGAGUCAACGUGAAUAUUUAAUGCUUCCUAUCGUGCAUCCACUAUUCUACGAGAAAUUCAAUGGAACCAGAAGCUUGGAAAACUCACCGACUAAAGAGACGAGCGUUUCCGAAAUGAUUGUGUCCAAGGGAAGACGGGCUCUUACUUGA